GGAAAAAAGAAUGGCUUCAGAGGAAGAGAUUUAACCACGUUCACCUUCUUAGGGAGCUUGAAGCAUAUCCUAGAGACUGGAAAAACUACUUAAGAAUGGACGAGAAAACGUACUUUGAUUUAUUACGUAUAGUAACACCAUUGAUUACCAAACAAGAUACAAAAAUGAGGGAAGCCAUUACACCACAUGAAAAACUGACUGCGACAUUGCGGUAUCUAAGCACUGGCAGAACAAUGGAAGAUUUAAAGUUUUCAACGAGAAUUUCCCCCCAAACAUUAGGAAGAAUAAUUCCAGAGACCUGCUCAGCUAUUGUCAAGGCCUUGAAUGACUAUUGCAAGGUACCGAAUACAGCCGAGGAGUGGAAAACAAAAUUGCACAGGAGUACGGGGAAAAAUGGAAUUUCCCCAACUGCCUAG